ACCUUUGAAAAAUGGUAGAAGCCAGUUCAGCUAAAGCUUUCUUCUUCACAAUUAUCGUAAAAUAUUAGACAUGUAGAGCAGGCUUGUUGUUCUCUUAUUGUCAAGCGUAAGUAAAUGAUUAUUGUUUAGUUUCGUGACCAAUUGGUUUGUUUUUUGGUUAGCCAUUGUUCGAUUUGCUUUGGUUUGGUCAAAGAUUGUAUGCUUUCAAGUCAAACCAAAGCUGACUAAAUUUUAUUCUGUAAUAAUUUACUUUGGAAUGGCAAAACCAAAGAAAGGUCAUAGACACAAGAGAAGAAGCAAAUAUGUUUCUUACGCCAAAAGACACGUUUGUAUGGUAAGACAAAAGACACGUUUGUAUGUUUCUUACGCCAAUACCAUUACGUUAAAAAUAAACUAGUAACUUAAAUUUACGCUCACUUUCUAUUUGGGUUUUACAUGAUGAUUUUGGUCAAAGGCCUAUUUACAAUGUUGCAAGCCCAUAUUAUCUUUUAAGUAUCUUUUUGUGCAACCAAAAGAAUCAGUGAUCUUAUGCUCAUUUUCAUUUUUUUCUAAUGAAAUUUUUCGUCACUUAUGGCUUAUGCGUCCGAUGGACGAUUAUGGUAAAAGGCCCAUUUAUUCAAUCCAAAGCUUACUGGGUUAGAUGAUGAUUGUGGUAAAAAGGCCCAUUAUAGACCCAACUAAGUAUCUUAGGGUUUCAGUUUCCACUAUAAAACUUGUUGCGGCGUAAGUUAGGGUUUUGAGAAUCAGCGGCUUCACCUCUCCAGAUUUCGUGUGUGAAGAAUCAUUUCAAGCCAUGUCUCCGGCUAAAGUUGAUACUACCAAGAAGGCUGAUCCUAAGGCCAAGGCCUUGAAGGCGGCAAAGGCUGUGAAGUCUGGUCAAGCCUUCAAGAAGAAGGACAAAAAGAUUAGGACCAAGGUCACCUUCCACAGGCCAAAGACUCUUACCAAGCCUAGAACUGGUAAGUACCCAAAAAUCAGCGCUACUCCAAGGAACAAGUUGGAUCACUACCAAAUCCUUAAGUACCCACUCACCACUGAAUCUGCGAUGAAGAAGAUUGAAGACAACAACACUCUUGUUUUCAUUGUUGACAUUCGUGCUGACAAGAAGAAGAUUAAGGAUGCUGUUAAGAAGAUGUAUGACAUCCAGACCAAGAAAGUGAACACACUCAUCAGGCCUGAUGGAACCAAGAAGGCUUACGUGAGGCUUACACCAGACUAUGAUGCUUUGGAUGUUGCUAACAAGAUCGGCAUCAUCUAAGUCUAUCUAUCUCUGCAGUUAUAAAGACUAUUGUGGUUUUGUCUCUUGUAGUCUCAGUUUUGCUUUUAAGAUAUUUAUUAUUACUAUCAUCUGGUAAUUGUAGUAUUUUGGAGCAAAAACGUUUUACAAUACAUUCAUGUUGCAGUUUAUUGUUGAAUUCAAGUUCUAUGUUUUUGACUUAUCAAGAUUCUCUUUUUAAAACUCACUAACUUAUAAACUGUAAACAUACAAAUGCAG